UCAACGAGAGUAGAAACGAAAAAAAAAAGGUCACUAAUGUCUUCCUCCUACUCAUCAUCAAGGUCUUCAGCGACUCACAGAAGAGUAGCUCCGCCUCCAUUUGGAAACCCGACCUCCUUGGGAUCCCACCGUCCAGAUGUUGACCCGGCUCCAACUCCACGGCCCAUUUUUCAGUGUCUCGGAUUCGGCUUCAUCAUAUUCCUCGUCUUCCUCCAGUUCCUACCCGCUACCCAUUUCCGGCAACCCUCGGAUCCUAUGAGGAACUGGACCCCGUUUGAUAAUCAUAAUGCUCCUCCUUCCACCACUCUUGGGGCUUCUAGUGAUGGGAAUUCCAGUUUCUUCACAAACAAUGACGGAGAUGACAGAAUGGUACACCUUGUGUCAUGGAUGGAUUGUCUGGAUCUUCGCUUGCUUGCUGUUCUUGCUAACUCCACUCUAUCAAGCUCGAGAUCUCUGCAUCAGGUUUUCUUUCAUUUCUUUAUCCCUAAAGGGAAUGAAGACAAAGUUUCCUUUUUCAAAUUAAAAGUACUAUUUCCAGAUUCAAACCUUGAAAUUCAUGGGCAAGAGGAAGUGAAAGAAAUAGUUAGAACUGCCAUUUUUGGAACACAGUUGGUUGGAUCCAGCUUUGCAGAAAUAGCACCUUUUAUCAUACCAAGUGUGCACCAGUCACUAAGCAAGUUCAUUUAUCUCUCACCUAACAUACUUAUGAAGGGAAGAGUUGAAGAACUACUUGGAACCGACUUGAGAAAUUAUGCUAUUGGAGCUGCUGAGGACUGCUCUAAAAAAUUGGAUAUGUUUUUUAAUUUUGAUGUGUUGGAUGCUAUUCAGAGAUCAGCUUCAAAGCCUUGGGUUUCUGAGACACCUUACAUGAAAAAUGCUUGUACGCCUGAUUUAAGUGUGCUUUUGAUUGAUUCCAGGAAAUUGGAAGGAGAUUUUGUGGAGGCUUUUCUAUGGUGGAGUAAAGUUCUCAAUUUGAGUGAAAGGAGCAGCAGAAAAAAUCCGGCCAUCGUCUUGGCACUCUACAAUAGAUAUCUCAAACUUUCAAGUUCUUGGUUGCCCACACAUGCAGCAUCUUUGGAAAUGAUCAACAAGAGUAUGGUUAUUCAUUAUGAUGCACCCAACAAUAGUGUGUGCUCUGAAUUUGGAAGUGAGGCUACCCCAGAGUCGGAUCAUGGAAAUAUCUGGAUGCAUUACCUUGGCUCAAUGUCGGAUCGAAUCUUGGGCAGGUAGAAUUUCAGCUGUCUCCACACAGCAUGACUCUAAGGAGGGAUGAAUUUUGACUUCAAAGUAAAUCAUCAUGCAGUCCCUAAUGUUGUAAGUUCAUGGCCAUUUGCGAAAUUCUUAUAUAUGGAAAACUGUAUAUAUUACCUUUUAGCAUUGGUAAAAUCCUUCUUAACGUCAGUUAUCAGCUGUUUUUAGGUACACACUCUAGAUAAUAGCCAAAAAGAUGUAUAACAUGCAUGAUAAUGAAUGACUACUCUCGGAGAACCACCAUAAUCUUUUUUGGAUGAAUGAUUUUAGCCUGCAAGAAGAUUAUGACUUUUCCUUGAAGUGGAAAGAGCGCAUUUGCGUUGAACAGGGUAUUGCAAUUAGCGUGCAAUCAAUUGAUUUCGAUUAACAAUAUUGGAUAUGAAUUUUUAUGUUAACGAGUAUUAAGACAGAAACUUAACAAAGUUGGUUUGAUAAAUCUCA